CGGGGCCAGCGGGGCCGGCCGGGACGCGGGGAAGCAGCGGCGGCGCGGAACGAUGUGGCAACUUCUUGUUCCCCGCGGGGGCAGAGCCCUCCUGGGGGGGUUGAGGACCCCCCCCAGGGCCUCCCGGGCCGCCAGCUCCCAACCCAUCCGCAAGGUGCUGGUGGCCAACCGGGGCGAGAUCGCCAUCCGCGUGUUCCGCGCCUGCACCGAGCUGGGCAUCCGCACCGUGGCCGUGUACUCGGAGCAGGACACGGGGCAGAUGCACCGGCAGAAGGCGGACGAGGCCUACCUGGUGGGCCGGGGGCUGCCCCCGGUCCAGGCUUACCUGCACAUCCCGGACAUCAUCCGCGUGGCGCAGGAGAAUGAGGUGGACGCCAUCCACCCCGGCUAUGGCUUCCUGUCGGAGCGAGCAGACUUCGCCCAGGCCUGCCUGGACGCGGGGGUCCGCUUCGUGGGACCCUCCCCCGAGGUGGUCCGGAAGAUGGGUGACAAAGUGGAGGCUCGAGGCAUCGCCAUCGCUGCGGGGCUGCCGGUGGUGCCGGGAACGCCGUCGCCGGUGUCGGGGCUGGAGGAGGCCAAAGCCUUCGCGCUCGGCGCAGGCUUCCCAAUCAUCCUCAAGGCUGCCCAGGGGGGCGGCGGCCGGGGCAUGAGGGUGGUCCGAACCCCCGAGGAGCUGGAGGAGAGCUUCUCCCGAGCCACCUCGGAGGCCCUGGCGGCGUUCGGCAGCGGAGCUCUGUUCGUGGAGAAGUUCAUCGAGCGCCCGAGGCACAUCGAGGUCCAGAUCCUGG